AUGACUGAGGUACAGUUCAACGCCGCUGUGGAGUACGUGCGCUCGCUUCCCAAGGACGGGCCGGUGCAGCUGUCGAACGACGCCAAGCUGGAGUUCUACGCACUCUUCAAGCAGGCGACGGAGGGCCCCGUGACGGGCUCGCAGCCUUGGGCGGUGCAGUUUGAGGCACGCGCCAAGUGGGACGCGCGCAAGGCCAUCGAGAACAUGUCGAAGGAAGAGGCGAUGCAGCUGUACGUGAAGCGGCUGGUCGAGGUGACGAAGGAGCUUGGCCACCCGUGGAACCCACCACAGUAA